AUGUUUACAGAUAGAAAUUUACAUAGUAAAAGUAAUUAGAAUUUAAGAGAUUAGACUGGAUCUUUUGGAGAUUUAGACAAUGUUGCUUAGAUCUCAUCAAAAAAAUACCUGAAAACUAUUUCUUCGCCUCAAAUACUUGCAAGAAAAAAUCACUAAUAGGUUAAUUAGAAUAAGUUUAGUGUUAAGCUUGAGCCAUUAUAACUAAAUCACAAUCAAAAAUACUAAAAUAAUACUUAGAAUAGUUUAAUAGAUAAUUCAGACUAUUAUUUGCAGUAGGGAGUGUCUACUGGUAAAUCUUAGGUUUCAAAAAUAGAUUUAAGGUCUUCAUAAGUAAUCGAUGAAAGUGGAAAUAACUCUUAAAAAAAUUCUACUACAGCAAGAUAAGCAGAAGGUGGCUUAUAAAAUGAAUUAGAUAUUCGCAAUAAUUCAACACCAUAAAUUAAAAAAAGCAUGAAUAUGACACCUAUAAAAAGUACCAAAAAUUCUGAAUUUUCAAGCAGAAGGUUUAAUGAAACAUCUAAAAGCAUGAUGCAAAAAUCACAAAAUGAUGAAUCCUUACUUGAGAAUCAAAGCUACUUUAAAUUAUUUGAAACAAACAAGCGAAUAACAAUAUAAAAUCAAAAAAGAGAAGAAGCUCUUAAUGAAUUAAUAUCAUAGAUUUAGAGUUUUUUAAACUAGUAGCCAAAUCAUUAGUAAAAAGAAGCUACUACUAUAUCAGAAGCUCUCAAUCAUCUAAUGGUAACAAUAGAAAAUGCAUAGAAAAAUGAAAUGGAACUAAAUAAAGCAAUGAGGGAAAUGCAUAAACAGUUAAAAGAAAACCUUAAACUUUAGAUGGAGAGUGAAAUUUAUAAAAACCAAACUAAGUUAGGCUCAGAGGAGUUGUUUCUAUAUAAAUAAAAAUAUGAUGGAGCUUAGGCAGACAUCAGAUAGCUUAAGAAAGAAAAUAUUUAGCUGCACCACAUCAAUGAUGAAAUUAGAAAAAAAAAUUAAAUUUAUGAGAAGAGACUUGAGCUACUCUCAGAUUUUAAUCCAGAGAAAAAAAUAACUAUGGAGUCAAAUUUAAACGACUCUUUUAUUAACUAAGAUAAAAACUAGUCUUUUGAAAAUAGCAACAAAAAGCCAUCGCAAGAAGAGAUUAAAAGUAUGAAUAAAAUAUAGCAAGAUAAAAGUGAAAAAAAUAAUUAAAGCAAAGCUCCACCUGCAUUAUAUAAGAAUGGUUAGAUGCAAAUUGUCCUAGCUGAACUAGUGAAAGAAAAUGAAAAUUAUAAGAAGCAAUUAAAGAUGAAGGAUUAAGAAAUAGAGAGAUUAAAAGAACUUAACUAUAAAUAGUAAGACAAAAUGAAUAGAUUAUACAAAAAAAUAGAUAUGAUAAAAAUGAAAAGGACAAACAAAGAUGAAGAUAAUAAAAAUAGUAAUAAUCAUAAUGAUGAGGAUAAAUUCAACUUUGAAAAAAAUGAAUUACCAGUUUCAACAGAUUUUAAAGUUCAAAAUAUAUCACUUAGAUAGUAAAAUUUCUUAAGUGAUUUAUAAGAGUAAGGAAAAGAGAGCUACCUAAGUUAAUUUGAGGAUGAUAAAAAAGAUUAAGUCGAACUCAUAAUUUCUUAACUUAGCUCCUAUAGAGAGUAUUCAGAAAAAGUUAAUUCUAUGAUCCAUGAAAUUAUGUAUUUAAUAAACUUUACUAGUAUUAAUGAUAUAAUGGUAUACGUAAGUAGAAAUUUUAAACAAAACUUCUAAGCUGAAAAUGUUCAUUUAUGGGUCAGAGAAGCCGAAACCGGAAUUUUAAGAACUUAUAAUUAAUAAGGCAAAGAAUUGAGAGCUUUAACAACGAAGGGUAUAUUUUAAAAGUGCAUUGACUAAUAAAAAAUUAUUAACUACAGUUCUUCUAAAGAAGUAACACUAUAUCAAAAUACUGAUGGUCACUUAGUUUGCCAAGAUAAAUGCGUUGUAUUUCCCAUAUAUCUACAAAGCUCUCAAAAUAAUCCAUAAAAUCAAUAUCUUGUUGGAAUUUUUGAGGUCAGCAAGCUUUUUAGCGAUAGAAUGGAAUUGGAUGAGUAGUAUUUAUCUAUUUUCCUGACUAAAUUUUUGCGCUAUAUAUUCAAGAAAUUGCAUGAAUGGAAUGUAGUCACUAAUUAAUUAAGAACUUCUACGAUGAAUUAAGAAUUUUUUUAAGAGCUCUGCACUAGUAAAUCGAAAUAUCAAUUUUCUCAAAUUAUCAAAAAAUGGGCUAGUUCUAUUUUACAAUCAAAUGCUGCCUAAUUUGUAUUUGUAGAAGAUGAUUAUAUUAUUUUGUAUUAAUCAAACUCUUAAAAAAUCUAAGUAUCAUCAAAAAUCAGCUUAACAAGCUUGAUAAUAUAAAAUAAAAAAUCUAUGAUAUUUUAUGAUAGCAACAAAUAAGUAGAAUACUAAAAAGAUAUUGAUGUACAGUCUAUUCUGCCAAUUUAUUAUCAUCCAAUAAUAAUUGAAGAUGAAACUCAGAAGCUUAGUACUAACAAUGAAAAUAAAUUUGAUGAAACAAAAUCGAAAAAAGUUGUUGGAGUUGUAUAAUUUGUAAUUAAGUCUAGGAAGUAAAUAGCUUAAUCAUAAAUAAGCGAGAUAAUAAUUGUUGAUUAGGGAUUAUUAAGCUAUGACAUUGAUUACAAAUGUUUUUGUGAAUACAUACAGUCAGCAUAUGAAUUGGUCUUUGGUAAUAAAAAUAGCUGA